UUAACAUUUCCUUAAUCAGUCUUGCUUUAAUUUGAAAAUAUGAGAAUUUUUUAUGAUAUUUUCAUAUCAUUGGCAGUUAUCCUAAAUUACAUUGACUUAGGUGCGCAGUUUGAAAACAUACCGAAUAGAGAAACUCUUUCCAGUGUUCCUCAUUCCGGUACUCCUCGUGUUCUAGAUAGGAACGUUUCUUCUGUCAGACAACAUUUUCCUGACAGUUCUGCUUCUGCUGGUGAGCCUAAUCUUCGUUUGAGAUCCAGAUCGCCUGCUGCCAUACGUCGUCCUCCUUUUCGCAUAUUUGGAUAUGAUAUCGAACAACUUGCGUUUAUUAGACUUAUUCCCAAAAAAAAUCGGCACUGGAUAUUUGAAAUUCACAGAUACACUUUUCCUGCCGAUACGCCCGCCAAAUUGAGAACAGGAUCUGAGCUGGGGCCCAUGCCAACCGGAGAAAGAUUUGUUUUAACGACAUCAAAUGGUGAAAUAAUGGCAUUAUUGGAACGUUCUAAUACAAUUCUUCGUGGAAUAUAUGCAGUUCAAUAUUUUCUAAAACGAGUGAAAGUAAACAUGUACAGCGGUCUGGUGUUCCCCUUGAACAAAAUUGAAGCAGACGUAACCCCUACAAGCGGAAAUCAGCCCAUCGCAAAAAAUUUUAGAUUAGAAUUUAUUGAUAAUAAUAACGGAACAUGCGACCCUCAAACAAUAUGAAAAUUGCAUUCCUGUGCAAAACAGAGCCCGUUCAAAAUCUACAUCACUUUUUAAACCCCUCUCAAGCUUGAAGUAAACGUUAUUUUUUUUAUUUAAAUAAAAAAAAUAAAUAAUUUGGCAAACUUCUCUUAUCAACUUUUGAAGGUAUAUACCAUGUUAAAUAAAACAAUCGGUUCUCUUGGGAAAAGUUAAAGUGGAAACGGUACCGGGAAGUGCUCUCUUAAACUGAUUUAGUAAAUUGUCACUGGUUAAAUCCGUACUUUGAAUUAUCACUAGUCAAGCUGUGAUUUUCCGACUUUGAUUGGGUUGGCCAGAAAUGAUGCAACCAAGGCAGCGUUACAGAAUAUAUCAGUAAACAUAAACAAUAGAUUAAACCAGUGAUACAGCGCUUUGAGCGACCAAAACCUGAACCUGCUCUAGAAGUCUGGUACUCGCUAUGCGCCAGUCACGUUUUUGAAUUUGUGGAGUGAAAACGAACUUCAUUAUGUGUUUGUGUUAUAAUUAUUUUUUGCAUGUUAGCAAUAAGCUGAGGAUCUAAUAUCCCUUGCUUGAAAGUUGUGAUGCCCUUGACCGCGUAGGUUUGUCUUUGAUCAACGCCACACAUUAACAUAACGACGGGCCUUCCUACAAUGAGAUGCAAGAUAUUAUAUCCUAUUAUAUAGCAGCUUAACCCUCAUUGAUUGUUGUGAGAGUAAUACGCAGUUUUAAAAAACUAAUUUUUUUAAAGUUUGCUUACUAGUGAUAUAUAAUAAGUGGCAUACCUAACCAGCUGCCGAGGAGCAAUGCGCACGGCCAAAUAAAUACACUCACUGAGAAACCAGUGAAUCAAUAAAUCUCACUGAGUGCCAGUGACACACUUCCGGCUGUUUCGGCAUGUGAAGUUUCACUGGAAAUCAGUGAGAUUUCACUGCAUUAUUUUAAGGUGGUGGCUGAUUUGUUCGAAAUCAAAUACUCGAAGAAGAAAAUUCAAAUUGUGUCAAAGCCUUCCGGCAUAAAUUGCCUCUUUGCCGAGAUACCAAGUUUAUUAAAAAAGGUCCUUAAUUUUUAAGUGUAAAUAAUUUUUGAAAACAUAGAUGUUGAAAAUUUUUUGGUACAACUGGUGAAUAACCUAUAUACUAAAAAAUAAACAAAAAUAAGCAAAAUUGAUUACUUGAAUUUUACCUUUCACAUGGAACGUCCCAUAAAAUAAAACAAAAGCGUGCCCUCUGAGCUAAGUAAUUUAAUUCUCGAACGGACAUACUUUAAUCAAUAAUUUUACAUUUUUUGGUUCAAUCGUGGCACAGUGAGUCGGAACCACACAAUUGCAGGACAAGAAUCACAGUUCGGCUUAAAUAAAAAACGAUAUGCUUCAUGGGAGUUUUUGAAGUCUAUAAGACCGAAACCAGUUUAAAAAUUACGAAAUUCAAAAUGUCGGAUCGAAUUUGGCGGUCGAAAUUGUAAAAUUUUGGCCAGUAUUACUGAAAGUUAUUUCCUGCGAGUUUUUAAUGUCGCUGAAUGCAAAUAAAGUGUUAAAAUGGCAACAUUUGAAACGGAGGAUCAAAUAUGGCGACCAAUAGUGUGGAAUUUUAGCUAAUAUUUUUUCAAAUUGGUACCAGGAGGUUUUUCAGGUCGCUGAAUCCAAAGAUGCUUUCCAAAUUAUACAAUUCAAAAGUUUAAGUGACCUGACGGUUUUCGGCGUGCUUGAUUAAAGUUUGUCUCCUCCUCUCUCACUAACAAAGAUAUUUAAUUUCUGUCCGAAUCGCGUUAUCUUCUGAAGAACUAUAAAAACAUUGUAAACAAUUAUUUGCUGGUAC